UCCCACCCCUAUCCCUUGCGUCUGUCCCAGUAAUAAUAACAAAAACCAUAACAAUGACCAAGAACGCAUUUCAAUAAGGCUUUCUGCUCCAUAAUCACGAUAGGUUACAGUUCCUUGGUUACCCUAACAGUCACAUCUACACUGGACAUAAUAAACGAAGGGGAGCAGGGUUGGCAGCUGUCUUACGUGUGAAGGAAGAAGAAUGUGAGGAACUGUUGGCCACCAGGGCGCUCUGGGCUGUGCCUCCCUCUCAUCUCGUCAAUUUUGAUAUUUACCGCUGAACCGGGGGCGUUGAGGAGGCUACUCUAUCCGUAAAACGGGGACAUUGAACCCUCUUGAGAUCAGUUUCGAUAGUUAUUCGACCGCGGACAAUGCAAAGACACGCGCAUUGACUGUAGUGGGAUUCAGUGAUGGCUUCGACGCAAAUGUUCUCCAAAGUCCGGAGCCGACUUUUCGGAAGUAUUAAGCUGUUUGAUGCCGCUUGUAGAUCGACUCGCCCGGCCACGUUACUUCACAAGAUUCCACAGCGGCAACCUCUUCUACUCCCUCGGCAUCAGGUCUUUUUCUGCAGUGCAGCGGCGCCCUCAAGUGAUGCGUCCUUGAAGUACCGGUAUGGCCGCCUGGUGCUGGAGGUGCCAUUGCCUUCGAGGAAAGAGAAAUGUCUAUUCUUCCUCAAGCCAAUGCUGAUGAGUGUAGGAGACCUCAUCGCUGAUCUGCAGAAGGAGGACCAUGGAAUACAGACCGCCUCCGUCUUCUCAAAGGACGGAGCGCGCGUGGCCAACACCACUCUGCUGGACGCGCUACUGGACAAGGACUUCCAGCUGGUAAUCAACGACGCGUCCUACCACGUGCAGACGCCUGCAUUAGGAGCCAACGGGGGCCGCCGCGAGCACGCCAUGGAGAUGGGGGACGUGAAGCACGUGGUGCACCUCCUGCACACGGCCCUGCACCUCCCCGACCACCACGUCCUGCAGGAGAGGCACCUGCUGGAGCGCCUGGACAGCCUCAAGCAGCAGCUGUCCCCCCUGGAGACGGUGAAGGCUGAACUGGCCCUCAAGGCCGAGUCCCAGUCCUCCAGGGCCCUGUGGGGGGGCAUGGCCCUGCUGUCGGUGCAGGGCGGGGCGCUGGCCUGGCUCACCUGGUGGGUGUACUCCUGGGACGUCAUGGAGCCCGUCACCUACUUCAUCACCUACGGCACCAGCCUGGGGAUCUUCGCCUAUUGCGUCCUCGCCAACCAGGAUUACAUUUACCCAGCUGCCAAAGACAGACAAUUCCUGAAUUACUUCUACAAAGGUGCCAAGAAGAGGAGCUUCAACGUGGAACAGUACAACGGCCUGAGGGAUGAGCUGACCCAGGUUCAGGAAGAUCUGAAACGUUUACAGAGUUCAACUCAACUUCAGCUGCCAAUCCAGCAGAUCCAACCCAAGCCAUAAAGAAUAAAAUCACACACGCAUACAGACACACUCGAGAUAUGAGAACACUCCUAUAUUUGUUCAGAUUUAUUUUGAUAAUGGUGCCUUUUACUACAACUGUAAAUCUUACUGUGUUUGUCACAAUCUCAAGGUGGUAAGUGUACCCAGAGACGAUCUGUCUGAGAAUAUUGGAAUAAAUACUUCAACGUCCCUACUCUUCUGUAGUCAUUUUGGGCAUUCGCAUACAAAAUUUGUUUAGUUAUUUUUGUUGAAUGCUAUACACAAUAAAUUGCUGAGUCAUCGGUGGUUUCAUAGUUUAUUUUUUACCUCAGUGAUCUUUCAAACCAAACACUUGCCAUAAUUCAUAUUCCGCACAACCUGAGGAACACCCCAUGCGGUAUCCGGUCACACACAAACCACGAUGGGCUUCAAACUAAAUGACACCGUCAUAACAUAGACAAUAGAGGAUCAUUUUUUGUUAAAAAUGGUAAACGUUGCCAAUGCAUUGGUCCCAAUCUGUAUCCCAAUAAGCAGAGCAACUGGAAUGCAACAAGUUGCAGCUUGUUUGUCAGAACAUUAUGUUGUUGUGCAUUCUUUCCCUGAUGGUACACGUUUUAUGAAAAGAGAAACUGUUGGGGAAUCCUCCCAACCAGUUUAAGUCUGUCGGUUGUGGAUGGAAAACAACUUUCCUGAGUUGUUCCUAAAGCCUCUGACAAGUUACCAAAAAUAACAUUCAUAUAUGUGGCAAAAUUGAAUGUCUUAUUGUGCAUAUAACCUUUGAGUAAAUAAACAUCAUUAGAAAUUUUUGUUAAGAAAAAUAAAAUGAGCUUAUCAGCCCUAUGAUCCGGAUUGCGUGAGAGUGUCCGUGGCACGCUUCAUUGACCUAUACCCAGCCACGCCUGGAUAUCUUUAUAUGAACCCAAAGUACAGCAUGCAAGUGUUUAUAUUCACAUUGUAAUGAUUAGAAUAAGACAAGCUAUCAAUCCUUAGAAUUGUAUUGGUCAGGUACCGUAUUAGCAUAUCCUUAAGAAAGGUCUCCAUCGGUCAAACAUGUUUUAAAACACUUGCGGCUGAGCCUCAAUCCAGUCCACGGUUUCAUUAUAGCUGGAUCCCAACCUCCACCAAUAUUAUUGGUCUGAACAAAUAUGAGGCUGUUUACCAGGAUUUCAGCUGUAGGUUUGCC